AUGGCCUUCAUGAUGCCAGUGAUGCGAAAAGAGUGGGGCACACAACUCUACGGAUUUCCGAGAAGCACUUGCGAGCAGAAGAAGCGGAACAUUCAACUGAACAAGGUGGCCGCUGCUCAACAAUUAGGUUGCCAAAGUGGCUCAAAGAGAACCGAAGAGGAAAGAGCCCGUCGAUUGGAGCUGAUUCGAGAGAGGAGAUUAGAGAAAAUGUACGCGCGAACGAGACAACCAAACGCUGCUUUGCGAAAAAUCUCGGAGAUCAACGAGGACAACGAGGCGAUCGAGCAACAAAUCGUGUUCAACGCUCGCGAGAAUGGGUUCACUGUUUUGAGGAAAUUGUCUGAGGAAGAACAAGACGACAGUGGCCACGAGUCGGAGGGUCGAUCGGAGAGCGAAAUCGAGAAUGACUCUCAAUUGGACGGGAAAACUCAACACGAAGACAAGGAGAAACACCACGGAAAGAUGUUCAAUGUGCUCCGAUGGGUGGCGAAAUGCAGCAAAAAACAAAAGACCCCACAACCAUCUAAACAA